GAUUUUCUGUUUAUACUACAACGUGCGUCAGGCUGACGGCAUUUCUUAAAACAGAGUUGUGAAAUAUGACAAACUUGAACAGUUAGACAUUAAUAGCUAUUUUUGUCUAAACAAUGGGUAAAAAGCGCAGCAGCGAAGUCUCGGCGGAGACAGGAGUUCCGGUGAAAAAAGAAAAAGCUCCGGAGUUCAAUGGAACUGAAUUUAAAGCCAUGCUGAAAGGUCCCACCACAGCCAUGAAGGGACUGGAGAAAUUCAUAUCGGUUGCGAAGAAGCUGCCACGCUCUGACCUGUAUGAUGUGGUUGAGGGUUAUGUUAAAAUCUCAGUGGAGUGUGCAGAAAUAUUAAAACUGCUAGAAGGAGCAAAGCACACAGAGAACGAAAUGAUGCUGAUUUUUGAGAGCUUGCAAAUAAUACUUCUAAGGACAGCCAGUGACCUCUCCCACUUCAGUAUGGUUGGCAAUACAAUAGUGAAAAAGAUAUCUUCUAACUACAUGAAGCUUUUGCAAGGGUCUUUCAAUUCAGCAAAUCACAGGUUUGUCCAGCAGUGCCUCAGUCUGCUAUCUGCCAUGGUGUCUCAGGGUGCAGAAGCUGCGAGAGAGGUCUUCAGUCAGCUAAACAUUAAAGCUCUGUCUGGGCUGGCAAAAAGAAAGGAUAAAAGGGGUAAACCUGAUGUCCGCCUGGCUUUUAUUCAGUUUGUGCUGUCCUUUUUGGUCUCUGGUUCUGGUGCAACUAUUGGACAAAUAUUAGAGGUUAAAGAGCUGCUGCCACACAUCUUGAAUACGGGUGUGAAGGAGGACAGGAUUUCCACAGUCAAUCUGAUUUUGUCCACAUUAAAGACUAGAAUCGUGCUUAACAAAGCCAUUAGUAAAACCCAGAAAGUCCGCUUUUUCACUGCUGCUGUAUUGGCCAACAUUGCAUCUCUGUACAAGUGGAAUGGGAUUGUAGAUGCACGCAUUGAUGAUAAGAUAACAGAGGAGUUUUCAGAUUCUGCUGGAUUAUCAGUCGUCCGGGAACUUGUUCACAGCUUUCUUCUUGACCUGUGUUGCUCCCGGAAGCAUGGAAUCAGCUUUCAUGAUGCCAGCUUUGGUACAGCUAGCAGAGCUGGGAAUCUUGUGUUGCUUCAGUUCUUGGUUGGGCUGAAACAAGCGAAUGAGGAUGAGUUGGUGGCAGACCUGCUGGUGAAUGUACUAAAAGCCAGCCCUGACAUUUUGUCCAGAUACUUCAAGGAAACUCAGUAUUCUUAUACCCCACGCCUCAGAAGUGCCUGGCAAGACAAUGUCAAGUUACUUAAAAAGAUCUACGAGGCUCAGCCAGAGAUUUCCACAAUCUUUCAGACUCGUGAAGUGAUCCCUUUGUCUCGUCUGCUCAACAUGAUUAUGGUGACAUCUCUACCCCCAGUCUGUAACAAGACUUUCUUCACACAGGGCCUCAGUCUUUCCAACCCUGCAGUCCAGCUUACAACUGUAUCCAUGAUGAAUUUCAUCUUGAAACGAGCCAAAAAGAAUAUGGAAUAUCUUUUGGACAAGACUGUGUGGUACAAGUCAGAUGUAUACACUGUUGACAUGAUGGAGGAAUUGGUACAGCAAUACAGGGAGUCACUCAGCAAGAUUUUGCCCGACAUGACAGGCAUAGUUUCAAGAUGGCAGUCACUCAGCAAGAAGGAGAAAGUUGAUGGUGAUGAUAACGAGGCUAAAAGUGGGGGCAAUGCUGAACUGACAGAUGAUAAAAAUCAGCUGUCUGUUACUGAGACAGCUGAGGUCAUUCUGCUGAAGGCUUUGAUUCUUCAGGUCAUGUGUCUUUACCAGAAAGUGGUGCCACAUCUGGUUGUUCAGUGCAAGUUUGACUUCAGCAAACUCCUGAAAGGGAUUGUGUCAGAGAAAGGAAUAAGAGAUGAAGUUCCUCCAGUGCUGCAGUAUCAGAUACUGCAGUUGGCGUUGGAUCUACCCGCAAAAAAAUUUUCUUGGUUCCGCAUACAGGAUGCUGCAGACACAGAAUCAUCAUCCAGAGAGAAGUCAGUACUUCACCUGCUUCUCAAGAUGUUUGUUAACAGCUGCAACAGCAGCCACCUGAAAUCCUCAACACAGAAGCUGGUUGUAAAGGUGCUUAAGGACACUGGGGUAUUUGAGCACAAUUUGACUGAACUUGAGAUCUGGCUUUACCAGCUCAGCAAGCUAGAACCAAACCAACAAGACUCUGUUAUCCAGUUCUUGGAAAGGGUGUUGGUUAAAUUGGUUUGCAGUUCCUACGAAUACACAGAUAAAGUUGCCAGCCUCGUCCAGGAGGCAGCUAAUCUGCAAACCAAUCUGAGUAGCCAGGAGGGCGACGCAACCAGCAUCCCAGUUUCACACAUUGAUGAUGUCUUGGACAUGCUGGAUGUCAUCAUGGAGGGUAAUGAUGGUGAGAUGGAGGAGUUUGGGCCAUCUCUGAGUGAAGACCUCAUUACCCAAACAUUUCCCUUCAGUGCUUUGGUUCCUGCUGCUCUGGAGGCUCGAAACAAACUGUCCGCAGACAAAGGGGUGGUAUGUGAAUACUUGUCUGCAGUGUUCUCAGAUGUGCUGCACUGUCAGAGAGAGCCGUUCCCGCUCUGUGUGGCUCUGCAGCAGUACGAUAAAGAGCUUGUAUCCUCUGGACUCCCGGCUUGUAAUCAUCCAUCUAUUAUGCGCUUUCAUCAUUAUUACUCCAGAUGGCUACCACAGCAGUGCCGUGAGGAACUGUUCAAGUCUUCUGAACACCCUUCAGGUGGGUUGUCACCCCCUACUUCAUUCUCUGCACUAAUGCAAGCUGCUUAUGUCCAAGAGCCAAGCUCUUUACUUAAGGACAGCUUCAAGAAAAAUGCAAAAGAAGCUCUAGCUUCCACAGCACUGGACGAAUUUCCAGUUGCAAUCAAGCAGAUUUUACUUUACAUCAAAUCAACAGUGGAAAACUUCAGCACGUUUUCCAAAGAUGUUGGAGCUGCUCUUCUGGAGACCUUAAUGGAAAUGCUCCAAGAUAUAGUGACUAAAGUGCUAGGCUUUGAUGAGACUAAAAACUCUGAGCCAGAACCAGAACAAGCUCAAGAAGAAUCUGAUCUCUUUUCGGACCUCAACCAGUCACAGACAGUGGAAACCAAAAGGGAGCAGAUCCUCGUUUCAGCUUUAGCCUCCAUCUUCAGGCAUCCAUGUUUAGAGCAGUGGUUUCUGGCUCUGGAGCUAUCUGCAUUACCUCCUCACUCUCUGAACCCUGUUCGACUAAAACAUCUGUGUGCUCAGCUGACUGAAAACAUUGUGACCCUAUUGAAGAUCAGUGCUCCCACUCUUUGUGAACUGGGUCACCUGGAGCUUCUCUGUAGCUACAUGGGGUCCCUAGAAAGAGCUGCUCUUAAGGAAUUAAUGGAAAGGGGUUCUCAACCUCCAAAGACACAUUCCAGAACUUUUCAGGCACUCUUGUCUUUGCACAAUUACAUGGAUUCCAGUAGUCUGAGAUUAGUGCUUUCCAGGUUGCUAGUUCUUCCACAUGAAAGUCUCAUCUGUCCCAGCAGCACAGGGAAGCAGUCUGAGCUCAGCAGUUAUGGCCAUGUAGUCCUGCAAAUUCUCACACAGUGUAAAACUACAUCUUACCAGAACCAUGGCACAUUUUUGACACAAUCACACCUCCACGGCCUGGGCACCCUUGUCCUGUCCUGCUCCAGCCCUGAGCUAGAGGCUUUCCUGCUCCAGACCCUGGCCAGUGAGCCAGGCUCUGCCAAACUUAUCCAGACUGAUGUGCUGUUGCACUGCCUACAAAAACCUCUCCCAGAUGCUCUGGCGGUCAGCUCUUUGCUGCUGCAGAACUGCUCCUCUCACCGUCUCUGCUUUGAGAUGUGGUGCCUAGAGCCUGCGAACAUGGACAAGCUAUUAAAAGAGUCAGAAGCCUUCCUCCCGCUGAUUAAUACGUAUUUACAGGAAGCAACUAAAGAGGAUCCAGCCCGACCCAAAGAUGUUCAAAAAAACGUAUUAAAAGUCUUGAUGGACGCACUGCUUGGCAAAUUAUCCGUGUGUAUUUUGGGAAACCUGAGAACGGACUCUGGAGCCCUGCUGGUAGAGACUGUUUCAAAGCUGCUAAAGCUCUCUGCAGACAUCAUAGACAUCUGGGAUUUUAUCAACAAUCUUCCCAAUGCUCUUCAAAAUGUGGACAGUUUUGAAAGAUGGCAACUGGUAGAUGUUAUUAAAGAGAAACUUGCUGACUACCCAGAGGAACAAGAAGUAUGGAGGAGGUCUGUCACUGGUGCAGCCCUGAAGUGUCUCAUAGCCUCAUACUGUCAAUCAAAAGACCAGACUGCUUCCCCAUCAGACCAGGAGCACAGCAUGUUAAAAAGACUGCAGCAACUCCUUACAUCAGCUGAAGAAGUGAACGCAACUGAGUGGAACAGUUUUGUCAAAAAUGGACUAAAGUAUCGUUAUCAAGAUCACCAUUUCCUGCACACACUGAGCAGCCUGGUGGAGCUGGUAUAUGGGAGUAAAGAAGUACAGAAGGAUCUGAUACCUUUAUCCACACUACACAUGAUGGUCACCAGCCAUUCUCAGUUCCUGCCCUCCAUGCUGGACUCCAAUGAUGAGCCCAGCAGGGGUCGAACCAAAGAGGCGCUAGUAUCACUUCUUUUUUGUCUGGUGAAAAAGUGCCCAGCAGUUUGUAAUGUCAAUCAUUUUGUCGUGCUUUUGGGAGCAUAUGGAGCUACACUAUCAACAUCAGAUCAGAAACUGCUACUGCUUCUCCAGGAAUAUGAACGAAACCAAGUCAGUCUGCUUAAAUAUCAGUCGUUUAUGUGGGGCCCUGCUGCUGUGGAGCAUCACAAGACCAGGAAAAGCCUGGGUGCAUCUCUCUGGAAGCAGACGAGCUCAGACGACGUGUUGGCUCUGCUUAACGUAGACAGGAUGCUCCAAACUGUUUCCAAGUUUCCACAGCAACGCUGCAUCAUCCCGCAGGAUAGACAGGAGCUGCUGUACAGUAACAAUGCAGUGAAGGACCUUGGGAAUUUGUAUGAUCCCUGCUUUCUUUUGCCUUUAUUCAGCGUCAUACUGAAGCCAGAGUGUGUUAUUGACUGCCACAAGUUUGUAUCCAGCCACGCUCUUGGAGUAACUGUAACGGCUCUAAGUAGCUACGACCCAAAAUUGAGGGCGGCAGCGUACCACGUCCUUACCUGUUUUUACCAACACCUGGAGGCUGCUCGGUUCAGAGAGAAAAGACAGCUGCUAUACUUGAUGGACAUGGUCAAGAAUGGAAUUCCACAGCAGAAUCAAAGACUACCGUUUGUUAUGACCACUUACAUCUCUAAAGUAGCCCAGCAAAUGCUUAAACCUGAGGACCACAUGUACGUGGUGUUGAACAGGUUUCUGUUAUCCCACCAGAGUUUGGACUUCAGAAGAGUCCCUGAAUUCUUCAAGCUAUUUUUUAGCUUUGACUUGGAGCACAAAGUGGAACGUGAGUGGAUCCUGGAUGUGCUUGAGGAAGGGAUAAGUGAUGGACACUGUUACGAACUGUGCAACCAGCAACGCAUCUUUCAGAUCCUUUUAGGCUUCAGUAGCAGCCCACUGUGUGAUGAACACUUCGAGGCACAAAUCAUCAGGGUGUUGUGCCACGCUGCCCGUGUGACAAAAGCGACUUGUAGGCUCACGAAGAGCUGUGGGCUCCUGAGUUGGCUAAUACAAGUAGUUGAAAAAAAGAAACUAAACCAGCAGCUGCUCUGUGCCAUCAUUGAGCUCCUCCACAUGCUGUGGUUUACUAUCCUUGCGCAGAAAGAGAAGAAGUUUGAUGAAGCUAACAUGUCAUCUACUGAGGAGAAGCCUCGGGGCUUAGUGAAAUGUCUCCCACUCCCACUCAUUAAUGAAUUCCUGUGUGUGACAUCAGCUAUUAGCAGACACCUCAGGUUGGGUGUGAAGGCCACUCAGCUCAGCUUGUUUGUGCAAACUCUUUGCUCUGUACUGAUGCAUCGUGGGACAGCUGUCAAUGUAAACAAACAAGCUGACCGACUCACCCUCCAUCAGCAGCCCCUCUCCUGCACUGAAACCCUCACUCCGCUUCGCUGCUGGGCCUCCUUGUCCAGCAGCACUGCCCUCAUUACCCAAAUACAAGCUUUGUCUGAAAAGCACAAAGUGAGGGAAUUAAUGGGGACGGGGAAGGAUAAGGUCAGAGCUAAGAGCUACAUUUCCUACACCCGCAUUCGAGAAGAGAACCUGGCAAAGGACAACGAGACAGAGAGAGAAGAAGAAAGUCUCCUGGCAGAGUGUAAAUCUUACCUCGGCAGGAUCUUUGCUCACUGGGAACCUGCGUUUCACCUCUCAGAACCCCAGUCAGCUCUGCCAAGAGACAAACUGGAUUCCAGUCAGUUGGCCAGUGAUACUGCACACCUGCUUACAAAGUGGUCCCUGAGGUGGCUGGUGGAGGAUUUGUAUGAUGAAAAUAGGGUAAAAGAGUUUUUGCAGUGGUUUGAAAAAGCAGUGAUAAAACACAAGGAAAUCGUAAAUGCUGUGAUGCUCGACCUUGCCUUGAAAGCAGACCUCCUUCGGCUCUACCAUCACACCUGCGAAGCUCAGUGUCACUCCAGCAUUUCAGCAAGAACAGAAAGCAUCCAGCUUUUUACCAACAUAAUGAUCCACUUGCUGGAGACACAAGGCCACCUUCCAGAACUUCAUGGGGUUGUGGUCUCUGCCUGCAUGUCGGACACCACUCAUGAUCCAUCUAGACAAGAAGCAGGACUGUCUCUGUUGUCACUGUACAUCCAUGAGUUGUGGAGCGGAGCAGCAUCACCACAACUGUUCCUGUCUCAUGUCACUUUGGUGAUUAGAGCCAAGCACAAAAGAAAGAAAACCUCCAAAUCACUGAAGAAUCAAACAGCCGUUGAAGUCAUCUGUAACAAAAUCAUCACAAUGAAGAGUUAAAAUGGAUGAUGGAUACAAUAUCAGACCUCACAUACUCUUUUUUUACUUUUGUUUUUUACUUAGUUUAAAGCAAUUUAACACCAUGUAUGUAAAAAAAAAUCCUGUUAAUUACAAGCCUGUUUGUUAAAGUGCACAUGUGAGCCCUGUAAAACCAAAAAUGGGAUUCUCUGGUUAAAUAAAAAGAACGGGGAAAAUGUACAGCUGUGUUUUCAAUGAGUCACAAUAAUAAGCUCAUUCUGGGGGUUUGAUGCUCUCACACACUACAGUUUAAAGCACAAGUUAAUGGUAUCAUUACCAUUAAACAAAUGUUACAUAACCAUGCACUUUGUAGGUGAAAUGGUAGGGAAGAUUAAUCAUUUGCUAAAACUAUUUUUUAACCAACCUAGAAAUCUUACUUAAAACAUUGUUUCCCUCAUUACAUUUAAUUUUUAAUUUUUGUCAUCUUAG